GAGUCUGUCUCCAGUUCAGCUUAAAUGGAACAGAAACGCGAUGAUGAGAAAGGCGGAAGUAAUCGGUUUGGCUUGCGUUCCGAAGAAGUUCCCGCGCAGUUCCGCGAAAUGUUUAUUUGCUCGGGCUAUCGCAAACCUUACGGCUCUGCGUUGGAUUGUGUGAAGAGUGUGUUCCUACCUUUCAACGAAACUGUGAAUGUUUGGACUCACUUUGUUCCGUUUUUACUUUUCUUGGUUCGUUUUGCGUCCGUGUUCUGGAAAUAUCGGCUGACGGAAGCAUAUGUGUACCCUCUCUUAUCAUUUGCGCUGGGAAUCUGUGGCUUCCUCUUGAUGAGUUCCGGCGCUCACCUCUUCAACUGUAUGUCUCCAAGGGUGCGACACAUUUGCUUCUUCUUCGAUUACGCGGCGAUAAGCGUCUACAGUUUAGGUGCAGGCCAGGCAUUUUAUUUCUACACUCGUUCAUGGAAGAGCGAUAGCUUUCUCUUCAGUUCCCCCGGCCCUUUCUUGACGAUUUCUUGUUUAAUUUCCGUCGUGUCGACGUACACCUGUUGUGCUUCUCGCCACAGAUGGCCCAAGAUGAAGUACGUUAUUCGAACGUUCUGUUUUGUGGUCGCGUUUUUCUUCAACAGCUUUCCAUAUGUACAUCGAUGUUUCGUAGAUCCAACACCGCUUGUCCAAACUCAACAAGAACUUCUUGCGUGGUCCUACUUCAAGCGACACUCGUAUUUCUAUCUGAUUUCCGCCUUGGCGAAUAUGUCUCGAAUGCCUGAGCGCUUAAUACCGGGUGUUUUUGACAUCAUAGGUCACAGUCAUCAUUAUCUACACGUUUUUACAGCGCUUGGUGCAGCAGACCAGUUUACUGCGAUUCAUAUCCAAAUGGAAUCGAGACGAAGCGACUUGGAGAACUUUCCAGUAGCAACCUUUGGAAACAGUUUCGGGCUUAUGGUGUUAAUUUGUCUAAUUAAUAUCGGGAUUGUGUCCUGGUUUGGCAAGAAUCUUCGAUCGGACAAGGAAGAGGAACAUAAAUCACUUUGAAAGCUGAAACACUAAUUUUUUUUGGUAACGAUAGAAAAGUUUUGCUUCUGUAUGGGGUUGGUUGCUAUUAAGUACAGGUGCAAGUAAGAUAAAUUAACGCGCUCGCCGAAAGUGAAAGAUUUUGGUGAGUGGAUGGUGGUUUUCUCCAAAACAAGUCAUUAUUAAAAGUGAAGGAAAACUUGUCAAGGAUUGCAGCAUCGCCUCACUUUUAUUGCUUAGUGGUGUAAAACUCAGGUGUAAGUGAAAAUAAAGAUUUAGUAUCUUAAAUUUCAUAAGCAAUGAAAUAUUUAUCUCGGUAGAGGGAUUGAAAUUAGAUUCUGAAUUUCAGUUGUCAGACAGACAUUGAUCAGAAUUUUUCUAGAGAAGGAGAAAAUUAGAAGUUUUCUGGUAGAAAUGUUGAAGAUGGAAGGGUUCAUUUGAAGGUUAUUACCGUCAAAAUUUUAACCUAUUCAUUUUAUUGUAGGAAAUUUAAAAAAUGUCAGUUUGUUUACAAUAUUGUUAUAGGAUAGUUUAGAUCAUUUAAUCAAGUUACCAGUCUUCCAUUGGCUACUGACAUUUGCUAACAGUCAAAUUUAUAACAGAUAUCAAAUAGACCACCUGUUUCUCUAAAUUUAUAACAACUACAAUAACAUUAUGAAUAUAAAAUGUUCUUGGUGAAGAUUUGUUUAGUCUUUUUUUAAAUAUUUUGUGAUAAUUUGCUGAUACUUUGGUGAGCUUGGUACCCUUAAACAUGAAAAAAAAAACUUGUUUGUUUUUCUUUCCUUAAGAAAUGUUAUACUUUUCCCAAUAUUUAUAGAAUGAUAAGUAGUUAAUACAAAUAAACCAAAUAUGUAGGAUACAACAGGACA